ACAUUGCCUUCAAAAAAGAAAACAAAAAAGAAAAAAAGGCAAAAGGCAUGAAAUACAACGAGAUCUCCCAUUUCAGCCACCCGCAGCACAGGCUCAAGUUCGAGUACUCAGAGGUUCCAUUCAAGUGCGACGGCUGCAAGGAGGUCGGAAUAGGGUCCCGCUACAAGUGCGCCAUCUGCGACUUCGACCUCCACAUCCACUGCGCCCUCCCUGCUCCCUCCAUCACCCACCCUUUCUACACCAAAUGCUCCUUCCGCUUCCUUUCCCGCCCGCCCGGCGACACUCCCCGCUACUGCAACGCCUGCGAGAAAGACAUCACCGGCUUCCUCUACCACUGCAACUCCUGCGGCUUCGAUCUGCACCCGUGUUGCGCGAAGCUCCCCAUGGUGCUCGACGACGGCGAUGUGAAACUUUACCUGUACAGAAAAGUGAGCUCGUCGUGUCACCGGUGCGGGCGGAAAGGGAGGAGCUGGAGUUACAGGUCGACGUGCAAGAGGUAUAAUCUGCAUGUGGCGUGCGUGAAGGAGAUGUUGGUGGAGAGCUGGCACGAGUUGUAUUUUGGGAGAGGUGGGAAGAGUCGGAAGCUGGAGACGAGGAUUCCGAGCUUGAAGAACACGUUGCAGAGCCAUCAUAACCAGGGAGGGUUUAGGAGCAAAGGGAAGAUUAGGAAGUGUUGUGAGAUGGCUGGGCUGGCGGUGCAGUUUGUGAUCUCGGCGGUGCUGGGGGAUCCCACCGCGCUUAUUGCUGGGGUUAUCGGGACCCUCAUGUCCCGGGGUUGACGUGUUGACCCGGUCAAUGUUUGACUUUUCAGUCGAAUAUCAAAUAUAAUUAAAACAAGAAAAACACAAAGGUUACACUGUUCAUGUUGAUGGGUGAAUGGUCGGUCCAUGUUUCUAUAUAUCGUGCAUGAACGAAAUUUAUGUUUAUCAACUUUUCCAGAAAAAGAAACUGGAGAUUGGCUAUGAUAUAUAUACAUAUAUAUCACAUGCCCACGCUCACAUACACACACAUAUAUAUAUAGAUAUAAAUGGAUUAGUUGCUUCAAAAUAAGA